CUAGAUAUGAAGUUCUUCAUCCUUGCUAUUUAAAUCUGAUGAUUUUUCUCUUACAUAUGCAAUCACCGAUCUAAUCUCUCUCGAAUCAUUUGAGUUUCCAUUGAUCUCUUCCCCCUCAGCCCGCCCUAACUCAGAUUCUGUGAUUAGAGCAUUUUCCGGCACGAAAAUGUCCACCGACGAACCAGUUGCCGACGCUGUCGAAGCUACGAUUGAGGCGGCCGAGAUGCAGAUCGAGGCGGUUGAACCUGCGGACGAGCCGAAGAUUCCUCCUGCCAAGUCAACGAAGUCCUCUGCUUCAAGGAAGAAAAGCCCUGCUCACCCACCCUACUUCGAGAUGAUUCAGGAGGCUAUUGUGUCUCUGAAGGAUAGGACUGGAUCGAGUCAAUAUGCGAUUCAGAAGUUCAUCGAGGAUAAGCAGAAGAAUCUCCCUUCCAACUUCAGGAAAUUGUUGCUCGGUCAGCUGAGAAAGCUUGUGGCUUCGGAUAAGCUUGUGAAGGUGAAGAACUCCUAUAAGCUCCCGUCUGCUUCAAGGCCUGCUACAACUGCAGCUCCUGCUAAGAAAACCGCCGCUGCCACCAAGUCCAAAGCCGCCGUAAAGGCGAAGAAGGCGCCUGCCAAGCCCAAGUCCAAGGCUGUUUCCAAACCUAAGCCCAAGGCUGCUGCCAAAGCUGCACCCAAGCCAAAGGUUGCUGCUUCUAAGCCGAAGCCUAAGGCAAAGCCAGCUGCCAAGCCUAAGGUUGUUGCCAAGACCAAGCCGGCUGCCAAGCCGGCUGCUCCUGCCAAACCCAAAGCUGUUGCCAAGCCAAAGGCUGCAGUGAAGACGAAGACAGUACCCAAGUCCAAGCCUGCUGCGAAGGUAGCAAGGACGUCCACUAGGAGCACUCCAAGUGCGAAAGUUCCGGCUCCUAAAGUGGCGCCGAAGAAGGCAACUCCGGUAAAGAAGGUUGUAGCUCCGGCGAAAAAGGCAGCUCCGGCAAAGGCAGCUCCGGCGAAAAAGGCAGCCCCGAAGAGUGUAAAGGCGAAGGCGGUUAAGUCGCCGGCGAAGAGAGCAGCCCCAAAGAGGGGGAGGAAAUGAGGAGCCAAGAAUCCCGUAGUGAUCUACCAUAGAUUUUUUACUAGGGGUACUCUUGUAAAUUCACCUCAUGUUGUUGAUCUAAGCUUGAAAUACUCCUUCAAAUUCAGCUCUCACAAUUAUUAUUAAUGUUAGCACUUGAUUUGCCCUUUUAUUUUACCAUGGUUUGUUCAAGUAUGUUUAUUUGAUUGAUCUUGUAUGGUGUAUUUAUGAUAAUUACCUCUAUUGCUUCUACUUUGAAGCCAAAAAUGAUCUUCACUAACGGCAUUGUAAAUUUGUAACCCAGUUUUAUUCUACUGGUUUAUCGCAAUGAAUCAUUUCUAUGAAUGCCUUAUCAUAACCAGUUCAUUUUGUUUCAUUGUCUGUCUUUG